AUGGCUCAGAAUUUCGGGAGCAUUCCUUCACAUAAAUCUUAUGUGUUGAGUCUGUAUCGUACCGUGCUUAGAAACAUUCCAAAACAUUGUCACUCAUAUGCCUUUCAAUAUGAAAUAAAAAAAAAUCUAUCAAAGCAAUUGACUAAACACAAGCAUGACAAAUCAAGUUGGAGUGUCUAUAUCCUGCUUGAGAAAUUCAACCAAUUGAACGACUAUCUUUUGGAAAAUAAAUUACUUGAAAUCAAAAACCUGAUGAAACCACUAAAGAAGUCGACAAAACAACUAAAAACAACAAAAAUUCUCAACUCUUUGACUGGUCUAUGUGAGGACAACAGUCAAAGUCCGGAUGAAAUCAGGAAACUUCAUAUACUAAGUAGGUAUAUCAAACAGAAGCAAAAUUCAGGUCUUUUACCGGCCUAUAUAUCAAAGAAAUAUAAGCUCAAUCUCCUACUACCAUUAGCAUUGAAUGAUCACGCAUGCGAGAAUUUGUUUCACAUCCAACAAAAAUUGGAGAAAGGUCCUCCUUCUGCUAGGCUAUCAUAUACAAAAGAAGGAAGAAACCAAAUAUGGUUUGUUCGGUCACCGAUUAAUAAAGGGAAACAGCAAUCAAAAAAGCUGGGAAUAUUAAUACGACAAGAGAGAAAAAAUUCUCAGAAAAAUAUUGACAAUCUAAAUUUCUGUGAAGUCAAUGCCACUUGGGCACUACAUGAAGCUAUUUGGGAAGAAUAUUUGGAGUCUAAAAAGAUUAUUAAAUUAAACUUGCCGAAGUACUUGGAGUACACUUCAUAUCCUUCAAAAUCGGCUAAAUACAAUUCUAUUGGUCUGAAUAAAUCAAUUAAGGAAUGGAUAGAUCCAUUGAGAGACAUUAUGUUUAACUUGCAGUCUAAAAGUUUUCAAAGAGUGGAGUACUUUAACAAUUAUAAGGAAAAGCUUCUUAAAAAAGAUGGUCAACUAGCAUAUUUUGAUAAAAUGUCAAAAAAAAUGUAUAUCAAACGGUUGGAAUCUUUUAAGAGGAUGAGCGAAGAAGAUUUACCGUAUAUUACGCCCUUCAUAGGCGAGAGAGACCUGCCAAGUGUUUUGGCCAAGUACGGGUUUUAA